AUGCAACAAGAAGCUCUCUCUUUCCUCUCCUCCACUUUCCCUUCCCUUCACCACCACCGUUACCAUUUUCCUUCACUUUCUCACCUCCGCUUCCACAAUUUUCCCGCACUUUCCUUCAAACCAAACCCUUCUUCUUCUUCAUCGCUUCUCUUCCCUCCCAAAUCCCCAGAUCUCUCCUCUUUCUCCUCCACCACCGAAACCCUAGAAUCCGACAUCCACGAGAAGCUCCUUUACCUAGAUUCUCUCGGAAUCGAUUUCCUCACACUAAUCAAUCGCCACCCUCCUCUCCUCUCCACCGCACUCUCCGCCGUUAAAUCCGUCGUCGAUUACAUGACUACUCCACCAAUCAACUUCACUUUACCGGAUUUUCGCCGUCUCGUCUCCAUGUGCCCUGAGCUUCUCACUUCUCCAUUAACCUCACACACGAUCCCAGUCAUCACUUUCCUCCUCCGCGAAGUCGGUGUAGAUUCCAUCUUCGAUCUCCGUCAAGUCCUUCGCCGUCGUCCUCGUCUUCUCGCUUGUAACGUCGAUUGUCAGCUCCGACCAACGCUUUACUUUCUACAGAGAAUCGGAAUCUUAGAUCCACACAAACACACUUACCUUCUCUCUUGUAGCGUCGAACACAAACUCCUCCCACGAAUUGAUUACUUUGAGAAAUUAGGGUUUUCUCGUCGGAGCGCCACCGCGAUGUUCCGGAGAUUCCCGCAGCUGUUUAAUUACAGCAUCGCUGAGAAUUAUGAGCCGAAGUUGAAUUACUUGAUGGUGGAGAUGGGGAGAGAUGUGAGAGAGGUUCUUGAGUUUCCUCAGUAUUUCUCAUUCAGUUUAGAGAAUCGGAUCAAACCGAGACAUAUGGCUUGUGUGGAGAAAGGUGUGAGAUUCCCAUUGACUGUGAUGUUGAAGACGAAUGAAGCUGGGUUUCGAGAUAGAUUGGAGGUAUGUUGUGAUUCUUCUCCGCCAUUGAAGACCUCGCCUUUCUUCUGUACAAAAGAUUCUUGA